AUGAGCACGUCCGCAGCAUCAAGUCAACAUCAUUCUCUAACACCUGGCCCAUGCCUGAUCGAGCCGAUUGUGGUCCAAAAUUUGGGGCAAAAAUCGACUCUGAUCAAAUGCCCCAACUGUAAAAAGAACGUGCAAACUCGUGUUGUCUACAAGAUUGGGCGCGUCACAUGGUGGUUGUGCUGCGUGUUGGCGUUCUUCACAUUGUGCUUGCUGUGUUGUUUCGUCUUCUUCUUCAAGAGCUGCAAGGUGAGCGGGGUUUUGGGGGUUGCAACGGAAUGCCAAAAAUUCAAAAUUUUUUGGGAAACAAAAGAGCACUGAAAAUUUAUAAUAGAAAAAAUAAGCAACACAAAAGUUCUCUGAGCGUAUUUUACCUGUAUUUUCAACAAUUUCCGACAGUUUCUGCAAUUUUCAGGUUUUCGCUGCGGGACCCAGAAUUUUUUCUAAUCAGUCUUUCUUUUUUGAAAUGUAGGUCCUGUAUUGAGUGUAAGCACGUAUUAUUGGCGUAUUUUAGGAUGCGCACCACUACUGUCCAUCAUGCGGCUUUUUCAUUGGAGUCAACGCGAGAUGAAAAUCAUGGUGAAUAUAACCCGUCAAGAUAA